CAAACUCGCUAUUAGGAAAUGCGGUUCCAAUUUAGUUCCUGUCGGACAUUCAAUCCUGUGACCACAAGACUUGCCUUCAGACUCGAUUUAGCUCCUAAAGCAAGAAACUGACCCUAAUUAAAGGCAAAAGAGGUUAACUCGCGAAGAUCACAACUUUGUUCCAGCUAUAGUUGCAUUCUAGGGUUUAUCCAUUCUGAGUAUCGCAUGUCAAUUAUCAACCAAGUGUUCAGCGGAGAGAGAAGUAACUAGUAAGCUCCGCAUGCAUGCCAGGUUAUAAGCAAUGGAACAGAAUCAGUCCAGCUCUAACGGUUCAGUUCCUCCAGAGCCUCUGAUGUAUAAGAGCCGUUUGAAUGAAUUUACACAACAAACAGGAAUACCAGUACCCGUUUAUGAAUCUGUUAACGAAGGGUUACAACAUUUACCUAAGUUUAGAUGUACAGUCCAUGUUGAUGGAGUAGCUUACAGGUCAGUUAAUACAUUUAGGAAUCGAAAAGAUGCGGAGCAGGAUGCUUCAAAGCUGGCCUUAGAGUCUAUGCCUAAGAAGAUAAAGGAUGAAAGUUCUGCCAUAGUUUAUGAGGAUAAGGUAUACUGCAAAUGCAUCCUCAAUGAAUUCGCAGCCAAGGUGAAUCUGCCAACACCUACGUAUACCACGACGCAAUUGGAGCCUAGUUCCACCUUCAUCUGUUCUUUAGUGUUUGAUGGUAAAACUUACACUGGUCCUAUUGGCAGAAGCAAGAAAGAAGCAGAGCGGUUGGCAGCUCGUGUGGCUAUUCGUUCUAUAUUAGGUACUUCCGAUUCGGGGAUUUACCUCUCUAAAAUUAUAAAAUCCAAAUCUACUCUGUUUGAAGCACCCCUUUUGGUUGCGGAACCCCAGAUUAUCCACGAUACUUGCAUGGCGACGGUGGCAAUCCCAGGGAGUAAUUGUCGAGGCAUCUUAAUGAAAAGGAAGGCUUCACAGACACUUGCAGAAGACGUAACAGCACCACUUCCACCCUCCCAUGAAAUAGGAAACAUAGCAAUCUUAUUAAAUCAACCUAAGGUUAGCCUUCCGCGGCAAGCCAUAUCUCUGAGGACCCUUAUAGCGUUUUCUAUGUUGGAGGAACACCCUCAAACUCCAAGAAGAAGAAGAAGAAACAGAAAAAAAGCCGAGAUGGUUCACAGUUAUGUAUGACACCAUCAUCUCAAACGCCACCUUCCGUUGCUUUAUAAAUGAUACAUGAUCUGUCACUCCCUCUCUCUCUCUCUGGGAAGUUAGACGUGAAUUAGUACUAUGGGAAAAGGUUUUGAAUGUAGAUAAUCGAGUCUUGGAUAUCAGAAACUAGGUGUAUUACUACUUGUAUUUCUGCUGUGACAUGCCAAACUCGUAUUCCUACUAUGAUUUUAAGGAAGCUUCAUUGAAGGACUUCUCUUAUGGUAUGGGAAUGGAUACGGGUACUUGCGUCUUCUGCAGGGAGAGUAAUGUAGGUCUCUACAUGACUGUCCUGAGUGUUGCAGCUGUGGUAGCCACUGCCUUACAAAGUGUGAUGCGAUCUCAGGUGGAUCAUGGAGCUUCAAUUUUGAGAAGAUUCUUUUUUGAGUAUAUGGAAGGUUCAUAAACUAUGCUUUGCGGAUUUGUAAAUCUGUCAGUUAUCUGGUGCAAAGAUAGUUUAUAAUAGUGUUGCAAGGAACUGGUAGUUUCUAGUGAUUCAAUUUAAAUUCGUUGAGACGUCAACUGAACUCUACAGCUUCCAAAUGACUUAGAUUAUAAUGGAUAAUCAGAGUGAAGUAGAUUACAAACUAAUUGACUAGGAUGAAACAAAAAUGGUACAAGGAAGUUUUGAUAUGUUAUUGAUGCCGAACUUGUUUCCUUGGUUUGACUUUCCAAACCUUACUAAUUAAGUUCUUUUCGAUUUCA